AUGCAUCGCUUCUCUGAUGUGGAGUCUCACCCCAAACGACUUCCCCAUAUUUUUGGUUAUUCAGAUGGCCCAUUACUUUCUCUAAAGCAAGCUCUUCAACCAAUAUGCCGUCAUGUCAAAUACUUGGAUCAAAGCAUAACGAUUGCUAAAAAAAACUGUAUUUAUCCUUCAAAACAUCACCUCACACGCGAUGAAUCCGCUGCUAUCUACCUUUAUACUAUUGAGUCGGAUGAGAGUUCUCUUUAUAGAGUUCUUAACAAAGCUCUUCGUUCAAAGGAUCGAGAUGCGGUGAAGCCAUGGUUUCCAUAUUUGAAGUUAUUUCAUGCAGCUAUAGAGAAACUGCCAGAUGUUCGUAUGAAUCUGUGGCGAGGCAUUGAAAGAGAUAUUGCAGACAACUACAAAAAAGAUGACAUAAUUACUUGGUGGGGCAUCAGUUCCUGUUCGCCUUCUAUUGAUGUUAUCAAAGGUUUUCUUAACCGCACUUCAACACUAUUUUUGGUUGAAGCAGUACGUGGUAAAGAUAUAUCGCUGUAUAGUAGCUUUUCACAAGAGAAAGAAGUUCUUCUCUCUCUAGCCACUCGGCUUCGUGUUGUAUCAAAUGCCCUCGAGAGUCCAUUAUUACAUGUUGUACAUUUACAAGAGAUCUAUGACCAAAAUGAGUCAUCAUCUUCUACUCCAGUAGUACCAACCACAAAAUCUUUAACAUUCGGAAUUUUAACUGAUGAAGCCGGCAAUCGAUACGAACUACCGGUUUAUAAACCAUACUACUGA